UUUUAUUCGGAAAAUAAUGUGUCGUUCUUCCGUUUAUUUAAACUAACAGGAAAAUAUUGUACUACGAAUAUACAAACAUUAAUCUACGUGGAGAUAUUCUUUAACAUAGAGAUGAAGAUGCAAGGUGUGAUAAGAAUACGAGAGAUUUUGCUGCUCACAAUCAUCUUGAUAAUAGCCUCCGCAAAUGCUGAUAUAUGUCUCACGGAGUCAAAACAACAACAGUGGAGAACAAAUUUAGAAUACAUAGAACAAACAGUAAAAGAUUUAGAAGUAGACCUCCAAGAUAAGGCCAGCUCUUGUAAGUCAGAAUGGGAACAGUUCAAUGACCACUGCUAUUAUUUUAGCGAGGAUCAAAGGUCCUGGUUUGAAGCAGAGAGAUACUGCAGAUCCCACAAGGCAUUCCUUGCAUACAUAAGAGAUGUUACUGAAAACAAUUGGAUACAGUUCAACCUGAGCAACAUGAAUAACACUGAUAUUUACUGGAUUGGAGCAACAGAUAGUGAAACAGGAAUUUGGAUCUGGUCAUAUGAUUACGUACCUUUAACCUACUCUAAUUGGAACGCCGGGGAACCAAAUAACCACAGAGAUCAAGGCGAAAACUGUUGCCACAUGCUUGACAAUGGUAAAUGGAAUGAUAUUAUGUGCAGUCGAAAGGCAAGAUUUGUAUGCAAGCGACCUAUGAAUAGCCACUGUGAUCAGCAUUGAAUGGAGAAGAAAAACCUUCAGGAAAUUGAUAGUUUUAUGAGUUAUUCAAAUAAAAAUAAAAAAAUACAUAACUGUCAUUUAAAUUGCUGCAUAAC